GAUAGGAACUUAGAAGUGGUCAAUCCAUUUCACUCGGAGAAGGUUCAAGCUGACUGCUUGCUGGAGGCGAAAAGGCCUAGGUGCAUGGUGAUCUAUGUGGACAAGUUCGGGCUUCGAAUGGUGGUCUACGUGGCACUGUGCAUGGUGAUGUUGCUCUACAAGGUCGGGCUCUGCAUGGCACUGCGCUUGGAGAUCUACCUGGACAUGAUCGGGCUCUUCAUGGUGGCGCUGCAGAACUUCAUGGUCUUCCUCGUGACGAACGUCUUCAUGGUGGCGCUGCAGAACUUCAUGGUCUUCCUCGAGAAGAACGUCUUCAUGGUGGCGCAGCGGAACUUCAUGGUCUUCCUCGAGAUGAGCGACUUCAUGGUGGCGCUGCUGAACUACAUGGUCUUCGUCGUGAUGGACGUCUUCAAGGGCAUGAACCUUUGGGUGUUGCACCAAUGCCAACAUCAUGGGAAUCUGGUGGUGGAGGACGUGGUGGUGGAAAUCAAAAUGCAGCCAACAACAAAGCGGCUGUCAAGCAAGCUUCAGUUGGAAAAGGUCAUGAUGGUGGAGUUGCAAGCUCAACAACUGAUCAAACCUCUUCUAGUACGUGCGCUGAUGGUCCAGGACUGGGUGCUGAGAGACCACAUGUGCCAUCUCUACACAAAAGCUGGAGAAAAGAUCGAUGUGGAACUUCACAAUGGAUGUCCCUACGUUGCUCAUGAAUUUGGAGCAAAGCUGCUGACGGUGUUGGAACAGCAUCAAAUUCAACAAGAGCUAAAAAAGAUGACCUUGAAGUCAAUCUUGACAAGAGGGGCUGCCGGUCUUGGCGACAAAAUGAGCAUUGAAAUGGCGAUGCUUGUCAAGCUCAAGGAGGUCAUGCCGACUUUGCCUGAAGAUUUGGCGUUGAAGCUGGUCCCAGAUCUCUCAGUGCUCACGGACCCCAACAUCGGCUUGAACCUUCCAUGGAAUCGCAGAAAGCGAAAAAGACUCAUGAUGGCAAAGAAUGUGAUCAUCCACAUGUAUAGUGGACCUGAUGCUUCUUACUGGGAGCGGCGUUUAUCAAAUGAACACACUGAGGUGCUGUGCGUGGACUUGGAAGCUUCAACACCUUCAAAUGCUUUGGAUGAAACAACCUUUGCGUUUUUGCUUUCCUUGUGCGCCAGCAAACGUGUCAAAGCUCUACUUGGAGGCCCUCCAUGCAGAACAACAAGUGCUCUCAGGUUUCAAAAAGAUGAUGGUCCACCAAUUCUUCGAACAGAAGAUCACCCAUAUGGUUUGCCAUCAUUGACUCCACAACAAGCUGAAUUGGUCACCAAUGACUCAAUUCUGUGGCUCCGUUUGAUGCUGAUGUACAUCCUCUGCGAAGAAGUGCGUCCAAAAGAACAAGCUCAAACUGCAUUUCUUUGUGAACAACCUCAAGACCCAGCGGAAUACCGCAAGAAGGAGGAUGUGGAUGAGCACCAGUACUUUUCAAUGUGGAGAACUCAGGAAUGGAAAAGCUUCCAAGAAGCCUACAACGCCAAGCUGAUCUCCUUUGAUCAAGGGCUGCAGUUGCUGAAGCAAUCAGCAGAUGGAUUCGCCGUGAAGCGCCUCCACGUGAAGGACCUGAAGAUCCUGUUGGCGUUGUUUACGCCGAUGAUGAUGUCCGACCUGCUGGUGUCGCUGCAAUUGGAAAUGUUGCCCUUCAACAAUGGAAGCAACACUACAUGCAGGACCACAUGCCGGCUCGUCGAGAUUGCAGCCACUGUGUACGUUCUCAAGAUGAAGAGGAAGAUCACCCUUUGCCUGGCCUUGAUGACCCUGAGCUCUCUGGUGAUCCUCAAGAACAACAACCUGGAGAUGGUCAACCACCUCAACAACAUGUUGAACGAGAUCAACAACAAGCGAGCCAUGAAGCUCGACAUGAACAAGGUCUUCCUGCUGGUGUUGCACAAGAUGAACCUGAUCCUCUCCAAGAAGAAUCGGCCCGAAGACCCUGAAAUACGUGCUGCUCAAGUGCGAAGCCAUGGCAGCAGAGAGCGUGUUCAUGCUGGUGCAGCUUCUGCGAUGAGUUUUUUGGUGGGGCAGACUCUUUUGUCCGAAGCCGAAGCUUUGGAAAUCAAGGGAGAACAAGAUGAAGCGGAUCCACUUUGGAUUGCUGCGGUGGUUUUGAUGAUCCUUGGGGCAAUCUACGCUGGCAAGCUGGCAGUUCAAGCUGGUCAAUGCUGCAUGCGCCGAUUGCAGGCCUUGAGAUCUUCGAAUGUGGCUGCUGGAGCAUCCUUGGGCAGUGCUGGCCUUGUGCAGGCCUUGCGAACUACGAAUGCGGCCCUGGCUGCUGUUGCGCUGAUUUCCCAGAGCGCUGCUGCGGGCGAUGGCAUUGAGCAUGCGCUGAUGCAGCGUGCUGACGAAGUGAGCGAG